AUGGACGGAAUAAACUCAUCAAGAAGGUCCGGACAAGGUUCCUCGGAGAGCUUCUCAUCAACAGUCACCGAAAACAUUUCCAAAGACUACAUGAGCGGUUCACCCACUAUGGAAAACCGCCAGAUAUCAGGAGUUGGCGUCACCUUCGGUCCUGGCAUGGAGGUCUACGAGGUCAAGCCAGAGAUAGCUCACCUCCCUUACUACGAAGCAGAGUCCAAGAGGGUCAAUGUGUACUGGGGUAGACAAUUCCUCAAGUACACCAUCAAAAUGAACCAUGAUCCGUCAAGUCUCCUCGCGAUCCAUACUCUGUUUCUGUCUGGGGAGAUCAAGGUCCGCGGCAAGCUGGUCACCACCCAGUAUUCUUCUUCCGGUCCUGGCUCCGGGACACUCGAGCUCUUGGAGCUUCCUCCAGAUGUAUUUUUGGACGAGAUCACGAGGCAAAUUCCUCCGGAGCUUUUGAAGGAUGCGCAGUGGACUACGAAACAGCCAAAGUUCUUAGACAGCUAUGCUCUGACAGCUGUACUUUUGCAAUUUUCGAAGUUUGGUCCUCUCAAAGAGCAAGAAGUUGAGACUUUGCCGACCAUGAUGAGAGUGUCGACCUUGUUUCAGAACGAGAAUGACGCCAGGAGAGCUGUCGAGGUUCUCAAUCAGUCAACACUGCCGUUAGACCCGCAGCAAAUGCUAAUGGCUAGACUGGAGUAUGAAAUGAUGUUCAAGGGUCCAGAGAAAUGGGUUCAGAACACUCUUAAACAGCUUCUGAGUAAGGCUUCCUUUGCCAGAAACACUCACCAGAUGAAGCUUGUCGUCCAUUCACUCGACGAUGAACCACACUUCAGCCUCAGCGGAGAGAGCUGUGAAGUUCUCGUCGAGGCGAUGGAGGUGGUACGCCAGCUCCCCGUCUACGAUCAAAUCCACGAGGACAGGUUAAACCCCGGGGGCUUUAUCGCAGCAGACGAGUGCUGUGUGAUAUGUGGUGAUACGGCAGAGUCACCCGUAAUCACUCAGUGCAAACAUGUCUACUGUGGUAAUUGCUUCCACAACCUCUGCUCGAGCACCUUUUCGGUAGGGAGCUGGCGCAAUCGGGUCGUCUGUCAGGCGCCCAAACCAUCGGGUACCUCCACAGUACUCGACAACUCCAUUUGUGGCCGCACUCUUGGCCUUCCAGAGAUCCAGACAAUGGUCAAAACCAAUACCUUUGAACGUCUCCUCACUGCCUCGUUCAAAUCGUACGUCCAGGGCCGUCCACACAGAUUGCAGAAUUGUCCCACCACCGACUGCGACUACGUCUACGUCGUCCCUGAACCCAACGACAAUCUCGUCACAGCACCACACAUCACCUGUCCCCAUUGCCUCGUCGACAUCUGCACACGCUGCCAGAAAGGCCACGCAGCCAGAGGCAUGACCUGCCUCGAGUUCCAAGACCAUCUAGCGCAUGGGGAACACUCGAUGGCCCUCGCCAAAGCAGAGCAGGGCAUUCAAGACUGUCCGAAAUGCACGAUCCUCCUUGUUAAAGUCCACGGGUGUAACCACGUCACUUGUCCGGCAUGCCACACCCACAUGUGCUGGUUAUGCUUGGAGAUGUUUGAAGGGGAAGCUGCCCCAGAGCGCGUGUAUGACCAUUUGGUUGUGGUGCAUGGAGGGAUCUUUGAUGAGGGUGAUGACGAUGAAUAUGUGGAUUAUCUCGGUGAUGAUGAUGAAGAUGAUGAUGAAGAUGAGGAUCUCGAUGAUGAUGGCGACGGCGGCGACGACGACGACAACGUCGACUGGGAGCAAGAACAUGGGUUUGGGGGUGAAGAAGCUGCUCUCGUGCUGGUUCAUCUUAUAAGACGUCUUCUUCGUUUGCUCGGACAGCUUCAAGCUGAAGGGCAGCGCAGAAACAUGGGGGACGCUGCUGAUCCGAAUUUGAUCGAGGAGGGCCAGGGUGAACAAGCCGAUACUGGACAAGAGGACAACCGGGACAACGACGAAGAUGCGAAUGUGGACGGAGAUAACGCCGCUAACCAGGAGGACAUUGAGGUUGAAGACGAACAAGUUGCUCUUCGGGCCCAGGGAGCUCCAGAAGCAAUAGAUCAAGACGUAUGGUUGUUCCCGCAGAUAAUUUUGCUAGAACGUGAGCCAUUUGAGGAACCACGAGUGCAACCUAAUCAGCAGGAGAGAAGAGAUUGGGAAGAGAUAGUGCAACCUCCACCACAACAGAGGAUGGAUUGGGAGGAGAUCGAUGUCAUUGCCCCUGACAUUGUCUACAACUUUGACUUUUUCAUUUGGCUUCUCUUCUUUAUAGUCGGACUCUUGUGGAAUUUCAUACGGAAAUUGGCCUUGUUUGCUUUAUCUUUUGCAACUUGA